CCCUAGUGAGCUCUCAUUGGUUCUGCCAGACUCUGCUUGUUAAUUGGUAGUAAUUUUUGGAAAUUAAACAAGUGGAGAGGAUCGGUUGGCCUGGGCUACGUUCGGCAACCCCGCGUCGGCCAUUUUGUAUAGUGAGGGAGGCAGGUGAUGGCGGAGACGGCAGCGUAGGCCUGGUGUCCGCCGCGCCGCAAGACAUGUCCAGUGAUGACCACCAACCCGCCCAUCCACGCCCAUAAAUGUCCUGACACACGUCCUCGUAUCAGUGUUGGUCGGGAGCCCAGCCCGCCCACCCCCUUAACCCUUUGGUAACGUCUCGUGACUGUGCAUCACUCCAGCUGCGUCACCGUCGAGAAUUUUCUAAACAUUUCUCUGCAUAUUGUCAACAAUCCUCGCUGGACUUGACGAGUGUUUGUGUACCAUCGAUCUCGUCUCUCUGUACUGGUAGUUUGUGCCGUGGUGUCAUGAGCCUCGUGACGCUGUUGACCAGAAACAAUACGUCAUUGUUCUUAUUUUACCAAACAAACAAUACCUAACCUACGAUACCUCUUGCAAUAAUAAUAGUAAUACAAAAAAUAAAAUGAAAAUCACCAUUAACAAAGCUGAUCCUUCAUGAGACUGAUGUUACUCUCUCGUGUCGUGUGAGGGUUGAGGUCGCCCUCCAGUGUGAGGGUUGAGGUCGACCUCCAGUGUGAGGGUUGAGGUCGACCUCCAGUGUGACUUGGAUCUCCGCGCUGGUGACGUUAACGAGGUGUUGUUCCACGUUCUGAAAACCUCUUGAGAUGGUCGGUGUUCGUGGGCCUUGGGUGUCGCUCCUGCCACACACACGCACAAGUCCUUGAAGCCAGCCAGUAUUCCGCAACGGAACUUGAGGUCACUUUGUCUGUUGGCGUUGGAGAGACUGUUGAAACUGUUGACCGUUGUGACUGUUAAACCGAAAGAACCGAAGUAAACUGUUGAAGCUUGUGGCCACUGUGACUACUAACAGUGGAGGCCAUUGUGACUGGUAAACCUGGAGGCCAUUGUGACUGGUAAACCUGGAGGCCAUUGUGACUGGUAAACCUGGAGGCCAUUCGUAACUGGUGAAACAAGAGGGAACUGACUGAGGAUUGGUGACUGUUGAUUGCUGGAGGAGGAGGUUACUGACUGCUGGAGUUAACUGGUGACUGUUCAAGCUGAGAAAGGGACUGUCAUUGUUGGCCGCUCAAGCUGGAUGUUGCUCGUAUACGCCUGGAAGCUUCUGAUGACGUUCUUACCUGUUCUGAUUAUAAAAGAACCGACUUAUUGCGUCUCCUUACUGGCCGACAGGUGUUCUCGUGUGCAGGUCACACGAUGGUUAGGUCAGAUGUGCAUUCUACUUGGCUCAUGGCACCUAACAACCCAGCGCCACACUCAGCACCUGAUCGAUCCUACGGCAUCCUACGGCAUCCUACGGCAUCCUACGACAUCCUGCGAGAGCCCACGAGAGCCUACGACAUCCUGCUGCAUCCUACAAGAUCCUACGAAAGCAUACGACAUGUUGCAAUAUUCUGAGACCUCCUAUGACAUCCUAAGAUAUCCUACGACAUCCUACGACAUCCUAUUUUGCCCUAUGACGGCUCCCCGGUUAGCGAGGUAUAGAGUUCCUACGUGGCAAGGACCGUAGGAACUUCAUACCGUGCUCUUUGGGAGAGUCUCAAUUCUUCGAGGGUAAAUUGCAUCCUACGACACCUUACGACAUCCUGCGAGAUCCUACGAAAACCUGCAAGAUCCUACGCCAACAUGAGACAUCCUUCAGCAUCCUACAACAUCAUCCAACAACCUCCAACACCCUACAACAUCCCAUAAUAUCCUACAAUAAACCAGAAUAAAAAAAAACUUACUAAAUAAUAUCCAAAUAAAAAUAAAAUCUUUAAAUAAUAAUAAAAAAAAAAAUCCUUCUCUAAAUAUAAAUAUAAACGAAAUUGAUGAUAAAAAAAUAUAAUAAUAAUAAAAAUAUUUGAUGAAAAGGUCAAAAGAAACAAGUCAUUGAAAUGGUUGCGUCGUGGAAUCUAAGUUGUGGGAUUAUUACGGUAGAAGGAGAACGACAACCAGAAUAGUGUUUAACUACCAUAAGCUCUAAGGCUUAUAUACAGAACUUAGCUCUAUAAACGGUAUAUCUUAUAAAUAUAUCAACUGAGAAAUAUAUCAAUUAUAUCCCUUAUAUAUCAUCUAUAAUCCCCUAUAAUGAAUAAGCUAUACAUUCAACGUUAUAUAAUUACGGUAUUUUGUAACCUGGAGUGGUAGUUAUGGUAUAAAUUUCAAUAUUACUGUAAUUAGUGUAUUUGGUAUUAAUAUGUACUUUUAGGCCUAAUGUAUCUUAAUAUAGGCCUUCUCUAUGUAAACUCUAUGUAAGUGUUCUUAAAUAAUAGAUGUACUGUAGUUUUUUUAUAGAUAUUUUUAGGCCUAUGGUAUUCAGUAUUUAUAAUUGUCAAUGUUAUUUUUAUCAAUAUAUGUAUAAUUUGAUUCCAGUGAUAUAUAUAUAGGCCUAUUGUAUCUAUAUUU